AUUACGGACAUUUUACAGCAAUUCACAGUUUCACAGCAGAUUGAACCAAACGGCGUUCAGCUUUUUCACAGCAGCUUUCUCACAGCAGCUUUUCCACAGCAGCUUUUUCACAGCUCACAGCCGAACCAAACGCACCCUUAACCGAACAAGCUUUAAAAGAGUGAACAAAUGGAUCUAUAAAAUAACCCGAGUUUUCUUCGAAGUUCAAUAGUCAUGCCUCCCAUCAUAUCACUUGGCCGGUUAUACCUACUGUACGAGCUUAAUCAGGCGUCACUCACCAAUCAGCAUCCCCAUGCAUAAUUAAGAGCUUUUUUCUGAUCCUACCGGUGGCAUCAUGGAACAAUGAUUGAUAACGUAACUCUGCAAGCCAAGAUCGAACGUGCAAGUGGCCGCCAAAGUGAUGUAUGGUCCUCUCUCGAAACCGGAGCAAGAAUCCAAAUUGAGCACAUUAGAAGCGUAAAUUGGGGCCAAACGUACCUAGGUCGACGUGUUUGCUGCUCCGGACAGCAACAGCUAGGUCGAUGCGACUGGUCCGGAAACGUUUAUAUAGGCAACACAACCAUGGACAGCUCGCCGGUAGAAUGCAAGAUGGAAGCGACGGCGCUGAGCUUGGCGAGGUCCGUGCUGCACGGCAUCCUGAGCAGCGCCCGAGCGGCCGUCUUCGACGAGGUCGCGCGCCUCAUCGGGGUCCCGAACGAGGUGGACUUCGUCCGCAGCGAGCUGGAGAUGAUGCAGGCCUUCCUCGGCGUGGUCUACGCCCACCCCGACGCCGCCGGGCGCACCGAGACCGUCAGGACGUGGGUGAAGCAGGUGCGCGACCUCGCAUACGACGUCGAGGACUGCCUCCUCGACUUCGCGCUCUACGCGGCCAGGGCCUCCUCGUCGCGCGCCGGCUCGCUGCUCCCGGGCGCCAUCGCCGAGCGCCACCGGAUCGCGGAACGGAUACGGGACCUCAAGGCCCGCGUCGAGCAGCUGAACCAGCGCAACCUGCGGUACCGCAUCGUCGUGGACAGCCCCGCGGCCGGUGCGGCGGCGGAGCAGGCGGCGUCCUCGCUCCCCGAGCACGACGCGAACUCGGCCGAGCUCGCGUUCCAGGAGUCCGACAUCAUCGGCCGGCUGGAUGAGAAGGCUAAGCUGACCGAGCUGAUCUCCGGGGCGGAGCCAGGCGAAGCAGCAGGAAGACGCCGCCGUAUGCCACUGAGGGGGCUGGUGCCAAGCUUCUGGUUUAACCACGUCGUGGAAUUUUUCUGCGUGCCAACCAUAGGCGGGCCAACAGGCGAGGCGGCGGUAAUCCCCACUUCGCCCCGACGACCCGCCGGCACGCUGCGCGUGGUAUCGGUGUGGGGGAUGGGCGGCAUGGGGAAGUCGUCGCUGGUGUGGGCGGUGCACAACGACCCGGUGCUCCUCGACGAGUUCGACUGCGGCGCGUGGGUCACCGUGCCGCACCCGCUGGACAACCCCGAGGUGUUCCGGCGGCGGCUGAGGAAGGAGCUCGGCGUGGCGCGCAACCAGGACCUCGGGCAGUACCUGCGGGAGAAGCGGUAUCGGGUCAUAGUGGACGACGUGCACACCAACGAGGAGUGGGAUGCUAUUUGCCAGGUUUUCCAGUUCAGGAACAGCAAGGGAAGCCGAAUCAUCGUGACGACGCGGCGGGAGGACGUCGCCCGGCACUGCACCAAGCAUGUCUACGAGCUGAAGCCACUGGGGGAUGCCGAGUCCAUGGAUCUUCUCUGCCAGAAGGUCUACAAAACAACCGAGUACACUUUACCAGAGGACAUGGCAGAGCAAGCCAAACAUAUCUUGAGGAGAUGUCGUGGGCUUCCACUUGCCAUAUCUACAAUAGGUGGUCUCCUCGCCAACAGGCCUAAAACAAGCAUAGAAUGGAGGAAUCUGCACGAACACCUUGGAGCAGAGCUGGAGUCUGACCUCCGCAACAUCCCCAAGGUGAUUGUCUCAAGUUAUGAUGGCUUGCCGUAUGACCUGAAGUCCAUCUUCUUGUACCUCAGUAUCUUCCCUGAGAACCAUGAGAUCAGACGCACCCGCCUGCUCAGGCGGUGGAUGGCAGAAGGCUACAUAGCAAAGAAACGUGACAUGCCAGUGGAGGAUGUAGCAGCGCGUUCCUAUACCAAGCUCAUCAACAGAAGCAUGAUUCAACCUUCUAAGGUCAGCCCUGGAGAAACUGAUCGCUGCCGGAUUCACAGCAUGGUGUUGCAGAUCAUCCUGUCCAGGUUCAUUGAGGAGAACCAACUAUUCCUCGUCGAGGAGCACUCCAAUGAGGCUCGACAAAGUAAGAUACGCCACCUGGUGGUAUCCAGAUGGAAGAGUAGGGAUGAGAAGCUGCAGAACAUAAACAUGUCAUAUAUCCGAUCAUUGACAAUCUUCGGGGAGUACCCUUCAUCUCUCAUCUCUCCAAAAAUGCGACUGUUGAGAGUGCUGGACCUGGAGGACACUGUCAAUAUGAAGAAUGAUGACCUCAAGCACAUAGGGGAGCUACAGCACCUAAGGUAUCUGAGCCUGAGAGGAACAGAUAUUUCUAAACUUCCUUCUUCCUUGCAGAACCUUCGUUACCUAGAGACAUUAGAUAUCCAAGACACAAGGGUGAGACAACUCCCAAGCAGCAUUGUCAAACUUGAGGACCUUCGAUAUCUUGUUGCUGGCGUCAACUUCACAAAAGAUUUGCUGCAGAAGAUGAGGGAUUCAAGGGCAGAAAAUCAUGAAGCCCGUCUUUUUGGAGAUAUAGAAGCCUAUCUAGGCUGCAACCGUGGUGAAUGCUGUGAGGUUUCCAACGUGGACCAUCUCUGUGUAAGAGUUCCUGAAGGAAUUGAGAAAUUAAAGAACUUGCAUAUGUUGGGGGCGGUCAAUGUUGCCAGGGUAAAUGGUGUGUCAGGAAGGUUCAAGAAGCUGAUGAAUUUGACAACUCUGCGACGAUUGGGGGUCACGGGGCUCACCGAGGAAGAAGGCCAGGAUCUGUGCAAGUCAAUAGGAGGGCUUAGUCAAUUGCAACGGCUUGAAUUGCGCUGUGUCUCAAUUAGAUUUCCUGCCAGAAUGGAUGAACCAGAAAUACCAAGACAUCUAACUUCAAUGAGGCUUUGUGGUAAACUCAUUGGGAUGCCUGAAUGGAUCAGUUCACUCAACAAUCUAGCGACGGUGAAGCUUCUGGGGACACGACUGAAUCAGGAGGACAUCAUGCGCCUUCAGAAUUUGCGCAACCUAGCUUUCCUAGGCCUGUGGGAAGACUCCUACAUAGAGGAGUCGUUGCGUUUCUCUGCUAGUACUUUCACAAAGCUAAAAGUCCUUGACAUUGAUGGGCUAGAGAACAUUAGAACAAUGACAAUCCGGGAAGGAGCGAUGCCUCAGCUUGAGCUACUUUGGCUGAACAAGUGUCAUUCACUUCAUGACAACAGUUUUGGCGUGUCUGGAGUGCAAUACCUGCAGAGCCUAAAGGAGCUUCUUCUUAAGAAUUGCGGCGAGAAACAGAAUCUGAUUGACAUAUUGCAAGAACAAGUCAACAGGCAUACCAGACGUCCUAAAUUCCUCAUUGGCAAGUCGAGGGUUGUUUUAUGAAUGCGUACCUGCAAUAACAUGUAUUUUCUGUUCAUUAGCGUAUUAACACAUGAGACUGUAUCCAUACAGAAUUGUCUUUCACUUACCGUCAGUUAUUGAAUGGAAUUGUACUUCAGACAAAUAAUAACACCAUAAUAUUAGUUGCAAA